ACAUAACGGUACUCGUUGCGAAGAGCAAAACUUGUCGUCGGCCACUUCUCCCGAGCCUGCGCUUAGGACUUAUCCAAAUCAGCUACAGAAUCAAAGUCGAUACCGUAAGAUGCGACAUGGACAAACGGUGAACUAAAGGUGACGUUGCAGUAGCCUACAUUUGUUCAGACGAAGAUACCACUAUGCAAAACGACAAGUCGGAACCAAGUGAACCCAAGGGCGCCGUGUGUCCGAGCUCAGGCGAGACCGAGAAGAAAGCGUUGGUCCCCGCGGAGACAGAGGCUCCUCAACCCAAAGGGAUCAGUGCGGUCGCGGUGCUCUGGACCUUCGGGAAAUGCCUGGGAGCCCUGCUGCCUGUUUACCUGGCCGGCUACUAUCGGGUCAGCACCAGCCUGCUGGUGUGUGGGAUGAUGGUCUACACUGGAUGGAAACAUGCCCGAGAAGCCAAAGAGGCACGACUGCAAUCAGCCAUCCAAUUUCUCAGCAACGAGGAGGAGUACACAUCCUCUAAAGUGUCCAAGAUCAGACGAGAUCUUCCUGCAUGGGUCAACUUCCCAGAUGUUGAGAAGGUUGAGUGGCUAAAUAAGGUGCUGCAGCAGGUGUGGCCAUUUGUGGGCCAGUACCUUGAGAAGCUGCUUGUGGAGACCAUUGCUCCAUCCAUCCGAGCCUCCAGCACUCACCUCCAGACCCUUAGCUUCACUAAAGUGGACAUGGGAACCAAGGCCAUGAAGGUUGUCGGGAUCAAGGCACACACAGAGAACGAUAAAGGACAAGUCCUGCUAGAUUUGUAUAUAAGCUAUGUUGGCAAUGUAGAGAUCAAUGUCGAGGUGAAGAGGUACUUCUGCAAAGCUGGAGUCAAAGGAAUACAGCUACAUGGGAUGAUGCGCGUGAUCCUGGAGCCUCUGAUUGGAGAUGUGCCCAUAGUGGGAGCAGUCACCAUGUUUUUCAUCCGUCGGCCUAAACUAGACAUCAAUUGGACUGGACUGACUAAUUUGUUGGACGUUCCUGGACUGAAUGUCAUGUCUGACAGCAUGAUUAUGGAUGCCAUCGCGUCCUUCUUGGUUCUGCCAAACCGCCUAGUUGUCCCUCUGGUUGCAGGCCUGCAUGUGGCUCAACUACGCUCCCCUUUGCCCAGGGGAAUGGUACGCAUUCAUCUACUGGAGGCGCAGAAUCUAGCAGCAAAGGACAGCUAUGUGAAAGGGGUUAUGGCUGGCUUGUCUGACCCCUAUGCCAUAUUGAGGGUUGGCCCCCAGACCUUCACCUCCAAACACGUUGACAACACAGACUCCCCUAAGUGGGAAGAGAUGUAUGAGGUCAUUGUCCAUGAAGUGCCUGGUCAAGAAUUGGAGGUGGAGGUAUAUGACAAAGACCCAGACCAGGAUGAUUUCCUGGGCAGGACCAAAUUGGAUUUGGGCAUUGUGAAAAAAUCCAUAGUUGUUGAUGAUUGGUUCACUUUAAAAGACACAACAUCAGGAAAGGUUCAUUUCCGACUCGAGUGGUUGACUUUACUGCCAAACACAGAUCGACUUGAGCAGGUGAUGAAGAGGAAUGAAAGCAUUAGAAGUAAGGCUGGUGAUCCGCCUUCUUCUGCCAUCUUGGUGGUGUAUCUAGACAAGGCUGAGGCACUUCCUAUGAAAAAGGGAAAUAAAGAGCCCAAUCCCAUGGUUCAGUUGUCUGUGGAGGACGUCACAAGAGAGAGCAGGACUUGUUACACAACCGUUGACCCAGAUUGGGAGGAAGCCUUUACCUUCUUCAUUCACAAUCCUCACAAGCAGAACAUUGACAUUCAGGUGAAGGACGCUGACCGUGUGCAGACAUUGGGCAGUCUAACCAUCCCUUUGUCCCGCCUGCUGUCCAAUUCGAAUCUUUCGCUCGACCAGUGGUUCCAAUUGGACAACUCUGGGUCAGCCAGUCGCAUCUACAUCAACACAAUUCUCAGGGUCCUGUAUUUAGAUGAGGAGCGUAUUCCAUCUGAUGUGUCAUCUAAUCUGGAGGGUGGACUGUACAAACAGCUGCCCCAACAGACCUCCCCACAUCCUAGCUUUGCCACUGAGGGACUACUCAGAAUUCACCUGUUGGAGGGGCAGAAUCUUGUUCCAAAAGAUAACAUGAUGGGGGGCAUGGUGAAAGGCAAAAGUGACCCCUACGUGAAGAUCAACAUCGGGGGUGAAACAUUCACAAGUCAGGUGAUCAAGAGUAACCUCAACCCCACAUGGAAUGAGAUGUAUGAGGUUGUUCUCACCCAGCUGCCUGGCCAGGAGAUGCAUGUGGAGAUGUUUGAUAAAGACAUGGACAUGAAGGAUGAUUUCAUGGGCAGACUGAAGAUCAAUCUGAAGGACAUCAUUGAUUCUCAGUACACUGACCAGUGGUACACUCUCAAUGAUGUGAAGUCAGGUCGGGUUCACCUGGUGCUGGAAUGGGUUCCAACAUCCUCAGAGUCGGAGAGAGUUGACCAGGUUCUUCAGUUCUAUUCCAGAAAGUCCUACCAAAACAAGGCGGUCCCUUCAGCGGGCCUGCUAUUCCUCUUUGUUGAGCAAGCGGAUGGCUUACCAGUUAAAAAGAGCGGCAAGGAGCCAAAAGUGGGAGCUGAUAUUACUCUUGGAGAAAUGUCCCGUAAAACUACUGUGUGUGAUCGUACCACAUCACCCCGGUGGAAUGAGGCUUUCUGCUUCAUGGUUAAAGACCCCAGAAAAGAUAUGCUUGUAGUUAAGCUUUCACACAGCUGGACUUUGCCCAUUGGUUCCCUGGUGUUUCCCAUCAGAGAGCUGCUCUCUGAACCAGAACUGGUCCUGGACCAGUGGUUCCAUCUGGACGGAGCCACACCUGAGAGUCAGUUUCUUCUGAGGGCUGAGCUCAAAAUGCUGAUUCCUAGCAAAUGCCCAGUUGCCACUGAUAAGGCUAAGGUCAUUUCAGUGCCAGAACCUCCUGCUGCACCUGAAAAGGAAACAGAAACAGUUCUGAGGUCAAGUUCAGUGGACGCUCCUCCUGUGGAGACUAUAGUCUCCUCACAUGAGGAUGUUGACGUUAAGGAAACAGCAGCAGAUGUGAUUGAGGAAAAGGUUGAAGAAUCAGCCAGCUCUGCCAUAGCACUGCCUCCUCACACGUCUCCAGACCUCAGCUUCGCCAGUGAGGGGCUGCUGAGGAUCAUCCUGUUGCAGGCCCAGAGCCUGGUUGCCAAAGACAACAUGAUGGGGGGGAUGGUAAAGGGUAAGAGUGACCCCUAUGCAAAGAUAAGUGUCGGAGAGGUCGCGUUCAAGAGCAAAGUGAUCAAGGAGAAUCUGAACCCAGUCUGGAAUGAGAUGUAUGAGGUAGUGCUGAGGCCCCAGUCAGGACAGGAGGUGCAGGUAGAGCUGUUUGACAAAGACAUGGACAAAGAUGACUUCCUUGGCAGAUUCCAAAUCAGUGUGGCAGACGUCAUCAGUUCCCAGUACACAGACCAGUGGCACACCCUGAAUGAUGUAAAGUCCGGAUGCAUUCGCCUCAUACUGGAGUGGGUACCAGCAGUGUCCCACAGUGCAACCCUCGACCAAGUGAUGCAUUUGCAGUCGCUGCAGUCUUUCCAGAACAAGUCCGUUUUCACUGCAGCGCUGCUCUUCGUUUAUGUGGACAGAGCACACUCAUUGCCUUUUAAGAAAAGUGGAAAGGAGCCCAAGGCCGGGGUUGAGCUUGUUCUUGGUGACACAAGCUACAAAACCAAGGUAUGUGAUCGCUCCAAAUCACCUCAGUGGAGUGAAGCCUUUUACUUCUUGGUCCGUGACCCCAGAGAGGAGAUGCUCAUAAUGAAGCUGUCGAGUGCAUGGGAUAAGCCUCUGGGAUCUCUUGUAGUCCCUGUGAGAGAGCUGCUCUCUGAACCCCAGCUCGUCCUGGAUCAGUGGAUGCCUCUCGAUGGAGCUUUACCUGAGAGUGAGAUCCUUCUGAGGGCUGAACUCAAGAUCCUCAGCUCAAGGAUGAAUGAAGUGCCACAGCCCUCUGUGGCUGGUUCAGAGAAAGAAGAGACGCUCGUUUCAACCGAACAGACAUUUGAAGCAGCCAGUGAGGACAAGAAAAGCUCCGAGCUGCCAGCAGAUGAAGCUGUUUGUGCACCUAGCCAGUUCAAACACUUUGAAGCAGUAACAGCAGAAGAAGAAGAAGAAGAAGAAGAAGAUGCUCCUCCUGCUGAACCUGCAGACAUUCACAGCACUUCUGAUACAUUCCCUGUUGCCAUAGUCGAGGAACCAGCUGAUAUAGAGGAGCCUUCCUCUCAUUCAGACUUAGCAGCUAAAGGAGACUUUGAACCGCAGAAAAUACAAACAGAGGGAACUGGUUUGGGAAACCUUGCUCAGGCAACUGUGACUGGUCUUCCUGAUAACACUGUGGGUCCAGCAGACGUCCCACAAAUCCCAAAAGCCGGGAAAGUUCUUCCACCAAACACCAACCCCAGCCAGGACUUUGCAAAAGAGGGGCUACUGAGGAUCCACCUGCUGGAGGCACAGAGUCUGGUUGCCAAGGACAACCUGAUGGGGGGCAUGGUGAAGGGCAAGAGUGACCCCUAUGUGAAGAUCAAGAUAGGGGAUGUUGCAUUCAAGAGUCAUGUUAUCAAGGAGAAUCUCAACCCAACGUGGAAUGAGAUGUAUGAGGUUGUUCUUAAGGGAAACAGUUCCCAGGAGAUCAAGUUUGAAGCAUUCGAUAAAGAUUUCGAUUCUGACGACUUCCUUGGCAGGUUCAGUGUCAAACUUAAUGAGGUCAUGCGAUCCCAGUACACGGAUAAGUGGUUCACUCUGAAUGAUGUGAAAUCUGGUCGGGUUCACUUGAUACUGGAAUGGGUUCCUGCUGUGGCAAAUCCAGACAGACUGGACCAGGUACUGCAGCUUCAAUCUCUCCAGACUUAUCAGAACAAAGCUGUCCCCACUGCCGCGCUGCUCUUUGUCCACAUGGAGAGUGCUCAUUCACUACCUUUGAAAAAGAGUGGAAAAGAGCCAAAAGCAGGAGCGGAGCUUAUUCUCGGAGAAACAACCUACAAAACGAAUCUGUGUGACCGCAGUACCAGCCCUCAGUGGACUGAGUCUUUCUACUUCCUGGUUCAUGAUCCAAAACGUCAGAUGCUUGUAGUUAAGUUGUCCAGUGGUUGGGACCAGCCAAUGGGAUCGCUGGUUGUGCCUGUCAAGGAGCUGCUUGGAGAGCCACAGCUGGUUCUGGAUCAGUGGUUCUAUCUGGAUGGAGCUUUACCUGAGAGUCAGAUCCUGCUGAGGGCUGAACUCAAGAUUCUUGAAUCCAAAAUGGUGGAUAUGAUCAGUGAAGGGACUCUGCCCUGCUCUGCCUUAAGAUCAUUAUCUGGAAACGGGCAGGUGAAGCUGUCUCUAUCAUACGCCUUGCAGGAGAGAAAGCUCAGCGUCAUCGUUCAUGGCUGCAGGGGUCUGACAUCUCAAAGUAAGGAGGGGGUAGACAGCUAUGUCUCCCUCAUGCUGCUGCCCGACAGAAACAAGGCCAGCAAGAGGAAGACAGCAGUGAAGAAAAGAGAUCUCAACCCAGAAUAUAACGAAAGGUUUGAGUAUGAGCUCCCUGUGGAUGAGACGAGAUUCAGACGCCUCAGUGUAUCGGUGAAGAAUAACUCCGCCUCCUUUAGGAGUCGUGACGUCAUUGGACAGGUGCAGGUUGAGUUGGCCCAGAUGGACCUGACUUCUGGUCUUACAGAAUGGUUCAAUCUAAAAGAUGAAGAUGAAUAAUCGUUUUGCUCCCUGAUCUCAAAGUAAAAUGUCGAUGAUGAUGCUGAUGAUGAUGAUGUCGUCCCUCUGCUCAAUAAUGUUCCACUGCUGCAGCUCACACAGAUGCCUUCUCCUUCCCUCCUCUGCAUACACAACCACUGUGACAGCCUUACCUGCAUCCACCCAGAUCUCUGUAUUAGUACACAGUAUAGUGCAGAAAUCACUGCACUGUAUAUUCACACACAUCAGUACUCUCACCAAAGAUACAGUCAGUAUGCUGAAGUAGCUUCAUCAUAAGAGUAAAGUGCAAAUUCUCAUAAAUUUAAGAUCACUGUAUAUGAAGACAUGAUGAUUUUAAAAUUGGGUUCAGUAAGUGAAAGAUGGAAAAGUCAAGAAAGAACAAUGACUUAUUUUGUGGCUUUGUUUGCUGUAUUUUUUAUUAUUUUUUGCUGCAUGAAUGUUUUUAAUGUCUGCAUAUCUUGUUUGAAGUGCUGUAACAUUCUUAGUGUUUUUAUGUAUUGAUCAUGAUUGAUCAUGAAAGCUAAUGCCAUAUCAGUAUUUUGUUUACAUUUGGAGUUAUUUUAUUUUCACCGCACUUUGCUUUGUUUGUUUGAGAAUUAUUUUAAAGGUGAACUUUUAUUAUGUUUCUUUUAUACGAGGCAUGUAUAAGUUAUGCCUUUGUCAAAGAUAGAUUUUUUUUUUCUUGUUUGAUUGUGUGUAUAUUAUGACAGAUUAUGGAUCCAAUCAAAUGUGGCUGUUGAAAGAUGAUGACAAAAAUAAACAGAUUUUGCACAGCU